AUGGUUCCACCAUCCAUCACCCAACCUAGUGGCAGCAACUGCACGCCAGUGUUUGUCGGAAUCGAUUUUGGCACCACUUUCUCCGGACUGGCAUAUAACAUUGGCGAGUCGUCCGAGCAAACCAAUUUCGUGGAUUGGGGAUCCGACCAUCCCUCACCCAAGUUUCCCACCAAGGUAACCAUUUCCAACGAGACCAUUCUUUGCGGUGCUCAAAUUCCAGAUGGAGAGGAAUCAAUUCAAUGGUUCAAAUUGGCUCUCCUGCACUCUGAUGACCUCGACGACGAGAUUGAACAGUCUCCGCUCUUUCAAGAACAUGAGGCAUUCCGGAAGAAACUCAAGCUGAAAGCGUACGAGGUGGUGAAGCACCUCUUUGAUUACAUGUGGGCGAAGUUCUUAGACGCGCUGCACUCUACAAGCCCUAGGGGAACUUAUUCGUUCCACCUUACCAUUGCCGUGCCAGCCAACUGGCCUCAGUACAUAUUCGAUGCUAUUGAGAAGGCCAUCGUCGAGUCUGGUAUUCGUCGACAGAUCCACGGACUAGUCAGCUUUGUGUCUGAGCCUGAAGCGACCAUCCUUACUGCCGCCGCAGAACCCGCCAUAAUACUAGAUGGCAGUAUACUGGAAAAUGUUUCGGUCCUGAAGUUUCAGAAGGGUGAUAUUAUUAUCGUUUGCGACUGUGGUGGAGGGACAGUGGAUAUAGGGGGAUAUAAAAUUUCCCACCUGACCCCUACCACCAUGACUGAGUGCAUCAGAGGAACAUGCCGAUUGAACGGCGCCAUCAGGUUGGACGAUAGGUUCAUGGAUCUCUUAGACACCAAAGCCAAAGAUGUCCAUACUCACAGGGGAUUCGAUUCCGGUAAGCGGGAGUACUUCCGCCAGUUCGCCGACAUGUUCUGGGAGAAGGACAUGAAACGGAACUUCGGAUCAGACAAGACUGUCUGGACCUACCCUGUGCCCGGGCAGUGGCUCGCGAGUAACGCCGCGCGUCGAGGGGAGUAUCCUACGCUUACGUUCACUCUGUAUGAAACCCUGCGAAUCCUCGUUACUGAAGAUUUUGCCGAGGAUCUGAAUUCCGUUUUCGAGCCCGCGAUACAAAUCGCCCAGCUCGUUGAAGAGCAGAUCAAUCUGGUUCUUGAACAGACCGAAACGGCACCGACGUACGUCCUUAUUUCUGGUGGCUUUGGCCUAAACAAAUACCUUCGACGGAUAAUCCAGAAAAGGGUGAACGAAGUCUCGGAGAGAAUCAACCACAGAGUGCGCGUAGCGGCUCUCCCGGGUGACAGAAGUAGCAGUGCAGUGUCCAAGGGGGCUGUGAAGAAAUGCAUGCUGAAAUUCGCUGCGCAAUCGGAACUUAGAGACUCAAUUCCACGAGUGGUCGAACAUGUAGCCCCGGCGACCUACGGCAUCCUAUCCAAAGUCGAGCACGGAUCAUACGAGUGGGCCAAGUCCUCAGCGUCGCCCAUCCUCCAGUGUUGA